AUGGAAGGCUUCGAGCGAAGGCUACAAAAUCUACAAGAUCAAUUUGAAGGCAAGGUGAGGCCUUCUGUUGAGAAUCUAUUAACCUCCUCGCCCUUCGUGGAUGAAAUAAUGGACUAUCGGGCUCCCGCGGACCUAAAAAUCCCGGAACAUGCUACUUUCAAUGGAACGGGGGAUCCCCAAGAACAUUUGGUCAGUUAUCAGGCCAAAAUGCAAGUUUUAGGGGUGGAAGAGCCACUUAUGUGCACUGCCAAAAAUGCCGACCGAUUCCUUACUCAUUACGCCGUAAACAUCAAGCCGCAGCGCAAUCUUACCCACUUGAGCGGAAUCAGUCAAGAUGAGGGAGAAGCUUUGAAGACGUAUCUGGCUCGCUGGCAAAAAGAGGUACAAACUAUCGAGGGGUUAGACGAGCAAGUGGCUAUCACCUUUUUUAUGGAGUCGCUCCGAGCGGGCAAAUUGUUUAUUGAUCUCCACAAUGAUCGUCCUAAGACGUAUGUGGAGGCUAUCCAGAGAGCCAGUCGUCAGGCAGACACAGAAGAGGCUGUGAGACAAAAACGGCAGCGAGAAGUUGCCGGAUCCAGCGCUAAGCGAUCCCGACCUGACUCUAGGAGUCGAGCGGAACCUGAGCGUCCUAGUCGCACUGAGGUUCGAUGGGGAGCUGAGAGGGUGGGGGCUCUGCCCCCUCGCCUUACCGUGGCCCAACCCGUGCAUGAGGUAAAAGAUACCUUGCCUCCCCCUCCGCCUCUGAAACCUGGAGAUCAGCCCGAGAUCCUACCUCCGGGAGGGGUCCAAGCGAAAUACUGUCGAUAUCACCGAUCGACUACGCAUACCACGGAGGAAUGUUUUUACCUGCGCAAAGAAAUAGAGGCUAUGAUACAGAAGGGUGCCCCACCCCCACCUAAUUAA